UAUAACAACAAUGGUAAUUGUAAAAACUGACGUUGUAUUGAAACUUGCACAAAAAAUAAAGACUUUCACAGAAACAGAGUUGUUACUUUCCCAGUGAAGUGAAUGUCAAUACAUAACUGAAUGAAAAUGAUGGCAACGUUAUUGUUAGCCGCCAAAAUAAAAACAAAUUUAUUCAAAUUAUACCAAAAUGCGACGUAGUUUGGCUCCUAGCCAAAACCGGUCUUCAAAAUUGCGUCCAAGUAACGAUUUCAUAUCACCACUGCAAAACAAACGAUUACGUACUUGUCAAGAGCAACUUGUAAAACAAAAACACAGUUUACGUGUAGUACCAUUAAGCGAAUAUGAGUUGGCUAUUGCUAAGGUGCUGUCACGACCAUUCAAAGUUCCCAUUGCCGACUAUGUACCAGAUUAUAAUGGAGGUAACCGGUGCCUCGGGAUGCGACGUAGUAAUGUGCGCAAAGCACUACAUGAUCCACAAGCGUGUAAUGCUUUAGUCCUGUAUACACCACCAAAUUAUACAGAGCAUGAACGUGUUACAAUGGAUGCAAAUAAAAUACAAGUACAUGUUGUUGUCGAUCCACUACUAACCAAUAUUCUGAGGCCACAUCAACGUGAAGGUGUCCGGUUUAUGUAUGAAUGCGUUGAAGGACGUCGUGGCGAAUUCAAUGGUUGUAUAAUGGCAGAUGAAAUGGGUUUGGGGAAAACAUUACAAUGUGUUACGUUGGUGUGGACGUUACUGCGGCAGGGUCCCUUUUGUAAACCUACCAUUUCAAAGGCAAUCGUUGUUUCUCCAUCCUCCUUGGUGAAAAAUUGGGAAAAAGAGUUUAAUAAAUGGUUACUCGGACGUUUGCAUUGCCUUGCUAUUGAAGGCGGUUCUAAAGAGGAUACCAUACGUGCUUUGGAACAAUUUAUAGUGGACAGUGGUCAACGCUGUGGUACACCAGUUCUCUUAAUAAGUUAUGAAACGUUUCGUAUCUACGCAAAUAUACUAUGUAGAAAUGAAAUGGGCAUUGUUAUCUGUGAUGAAGGUCAUCGCUUGAAGAAUAGUGAUAAUUUGACUUAUCAAGCGCUAAUGGGUUUAAAGACAAAACGUCGAGUUCUACUCUCAGGCACACCAAUACAAAACGAUCUCACUGAAUAUUUCAGUUUAGUAAAUUUUGUAAAUCCAGAAAUGUUGGGCUCUGCCACAGAUUUCAAGAGAAAUUUCGAAAACCCUAUAUUACGUGGGCAAAAUGCUGAUUCUACAGAUAAAGAGCGUGAAAAGGCUGUAGAAAAAACACAAGAGCUAAUUAAGCUGGUGAAUACAUGCAUCAUACGACGUACCAAUCAGAUACUUACAAAAUAUUUGCCAGUUAAGUUCGAAAUGGUAAUCUGUGCUAAACUCACUGAGAUGCAAAUGAAUUUGUAUAGAAAUUUUAUUAAGUCUGACAAAAUCAGAAGAAGCUUAGCCGAUUGCAAUGAAAAGGCUACGUUGACUGCGCUCGCUGAUAUUACAACUUUGAAAAAACUAUGCAGUCACCCGGAUCUGAUUUAUGAAAAGGUUUUGGCACGUGAAAACGGUUUUGAAAACUCACACGAUUUGUUCCCCGCAAAUUACAACCCCAAAGAAUUCAAUCCCGAAAUGAGCGGCAAAUUUAUGCUUCUGGAUUUUAUGUUGGCUUCAAUACGUGCUAAUAGUGAUGACAAAGUGGUGCUUAUAUCGAAUUAUACGCAAACGUUGGAGUUAUUCGAGAAACUAGCGCGAAAGAGAAAAUACAGCUAUGUGCGGCUCGAUGGCUCAAUGACAAUAAAGAAGCGCAGCAAAGUGGUGGACAAAUUUAAUGACCCUGAAUCCGAUUGCUUUCUCUUCAUGCUGAGUUCGAAAGCUGGUGGUUGUGGCUUGAAUUUAAUUGGCGCCAAUCGUCUCUUCAUGUUCGAUCCCGAUUGGAAUCCUGCAAACGAUGAACAGGCAAUGGCACGUGUUUGGCGUGAUGGUCAAAAGAAACCUUGCUAUAUUUAUCGUCUUGUAGCCACUGGUUCGAUUGAAGAGAAAAUUCUACAACGUCAGACGCAUAAAAAAUCAUUAUCAAGCACCAUAAUUGAUAAUAAUGAAAGCAAUGAGAAACAUUUCACACGCGACGAUCUUAAGGAUCUGUUUCAAUACGAAGCUGAUAUCCUGUCCGAUACACAUAUUAAAUUAAAGUGUAAACGUUGUGUUAACAAUAUACAAAUGCAACCGCCGCCUGAAGAUAGUGACUGCACAGUACACUUAUCACAAUGGUAUCACUGCUCCAACAACAAAGGACUGCCAGACAGCGUCUUAUCACAGGCGUGGUUGUCAAGUAAAUGCGUCUCUUUUGUCUUCCAUCAUCGAUCGCAAGGAGAAGUAAAAGUGAAAGAUGCCACGGAAAAAGAAAAUAUGCCGGAUCAGUGCAACGCUGUCAGAAACAGGCGCAAGGAUUGUGUUGAUGCCGAUUCCGACUAUGAACCUGAUGACCCAAAUGAUAGUGAUUACGCGUAGACUCAGUUUAAUAUGCGUUAACAUGCAUAUUUGGUUAGUCUAAUUAGUUUAUUAUGUACAUAAUUAGUUAUCUCGUAACUAUAAUAACUAUUCACUGGCUUAUUAAAAAAAAAUUUACUUUUAAGUUUGCUGCAUUUAAUUUAUUUUCGCUGUAUGUUACUGCAAAUCAAUAUAAUUUAUUUAAUUUGCUUAAAAUACGUAUUUUUAAAUAAAAUUAUAUGCAUAUAUAUAUAUAUUUAUGUUUUAUAAUUGAACGAGUUACUCUAAUACAAUAUUUAGUUUUAAUUUUAAAGCUAUGCGUCAUUAUGAGUGAACCACCUAAGCGUUUAUCAACAAUUUUUGUUUUUUAAGUAAAUCAAAGGUAUGUUAAGUCACUCACAUGAAAAAUAUGGAAUUAUAGUAUAGGCAUAUAGUAAGUUAUAGUACAUUUAAAUGUGUGUCGUUGGUCAUACACAGUAUAUAAUGAAGUAAACACUAAAAACCCUGAACGGCAUUAUAUAGAACGGCGAACUAAACAUCCUGUAUUUCAUGCCACACAUUACUUUUUUCAGGUGGCUUCUCCAAUGGCGCUGUUGAAAUGCUUUGGCA